AUGACCAUCUGCAGCUCCAACGAAUCAACGCUGUUCGAGUUCCAGCUGCAACCGUACAAUCCGUUGCCACCGGUUCCACCGAAAUCGCUGUGGCAUCGCUUCAGACGGAUCCUGUACUUUAUCCAAUUCUUGAUCAAAAGUAUCCCAGUUUGGAUAAAGCUGAUCGUCGAGUGGAUAUGGCCACCCGCGCCCAAGUCAAUCUCCGGCUGGACCGCCCUGGUCACCGGAGGUUCCAACGGAAUCGGCCACGCUACAGCCCUGUAUCUUGCCCGGAACGGCUGCAACGUGAUCAUCGCCGACUUGGAUGUGGUCAACGGGAAGAAAACGGUCAAAGAGCUGCUAAACCUUGGUGUCAAAGCCGCGAUGUACAAAGUCGAUGUGUCCGUUUACGAGGAUGUCGUAAAGCUUGGCCGCAAAAUCGAAAGCGACUGCGGACCGGUGGAUAUUGUGGUCAACAGCGCCGGGGUUUUACCGUUCUUGGUGGACGACGAGUACACGCCGGGAAAUCUACGCCGCGCCGUCAACGUCAACGUGAUGGGACUCUUUUGGACCACGGCGGCCUUCCUGCCGGGAAUGUACGCCCGCGGCCGCGGCCACAUCGUGGCCCUCUCGUCCAGGGCGGCCUACACCCCGCUCGGGUACAUGCGCAUCUACAACACCACCAAGUACGCCGUGCGGGGCUUCAUGGAGGACCUGCACGACGAAAUCUACCACGCGGGGUACGAGGGCCGCGUGGUGACGACCAGCGUGUUUCCGGAGAUCAUCAGCACCCGGCGGGAGACGACGGAACGUUUGCUUUCGUUGCCUGGUUCCUCCGAGUUGACGGUGCCAACUCCAGAGGAGGCCGGCAAAGAUAUUGUGAAUGCGAUCCGGAACAACAAGCGGAAGAUUCUCGUGCCAGAUUUCUUGCAAACGUGGCAGUUUGCGUUGUUUGAGGAUCUUCCGAGAUCAAUCUCCAGACUGUUGUUGCAACAAUAUCGGCGCCUGCUGCCCCUCGCCACAAUCGAUUGGGCUAUUUCGCGUUCAAAGUGCUUCGCAAUGAGCAACUCACUGGUCGAUGUCCACUCGCAGCCGUACGUAGCGGCACCGCCGCUGGAACCGGCUACACUCCUGCAAGUGGCACUGCGGAUCGUGCAGACCCUGCUGGAUCUGCUGGUCGUACUGAUUCGCAGCGUGCCGCUAUGGUUCGAGCUGUUGGUGGAGAUCUUUGCGCCGCCAAAGCCCAAGACCAUUGGCGGUCAAACCGCGCUCGUUACGGGAGGUGCCAACGGGAUUGGGAAGGCAAUCGCUACGGAGCUGGCCCGCGAGGGAUGCAACGUGGUGCUGGUUGAUCUGGACGGCGAGAACGGCGAACGGGUUGCGGCCGAGUUGAGACGGUACAACGUGAAGACCGUUGCGUACAAGUUUGACGUCGCCGACUAUGACGAAGUCCGUGAGCUGCACCGCCAAGUUGAGCGUGACAUCGGACCGGUGGACAUUCUGGUGAACAAUGCCGGCGUGCUUCCGUUCCUGACCCAGGACGAAAACCUUCCCUCGCAGAUCAAGCGCAUGAUGGACGUGAACGUGUUGGGACAGUUUUGGACGGUGGAGCAAUUCCUGCCGAGUAUGAUUCGGCGCCGCAAGGGACACAUCGUGGCCAUCGGAUCCGCGUCGGCGUACACGCCGGUAGGUUGGAUGCGCAACUACGUCACAUCCAAGUAUGCCGUGCGCGGGUUCAUGGAAGCCCUGGACGAGGAGCUACACCUCAUUGGGCAGGCCGACUUUGUCAAGACGACGACGGUGUUCCCGUUUGUGGUCAACACCCGGAAGCAGCUGAUGGACAAGAUGAACCGGACGCCGGGAGUCUCGACGAUGCCAAAGUUCUCCCCCGAGGAGACGGCCAAAACGGUGGUGAAGGCCAUCUGUCACAACCAGCGCAAGGUUGUGGUUCCGGACGCGAUCAAAGCGUGGCAGCUUAGCUAUUACGAACAUAUUCCGAUUAAAAUUCGUCGAAUGAUGGACAGUGUCCUGAUGAAGGGACGACCCAUCGUGCUGGAUUAAGGGGCAGGUGCAAGCGUUUGCAUGUGGUGCGAGCAUGGUUGAUUGCUAUAAUCUUAUCGAAUCGAAGCCGAGUUAAUCUAGCUAAAUUGAUUGAUUGGGUGUAUUUUUGUUGCAAAAAAUAAAUCACUUGUAAUGUUUACUGAAA